AUGAAUAUUGCUUGUACCAUUUGUUUGGAUCGAUUUUUUCUUUCAUCGACCAUAUCAGCAUCACCGUGUGGUCAUUUAUUUCAUGAUAAAUGUUUGGAUCGAUGGAUUAUUGAUGAACGAAAAAAGACUUGUCCACAAUGUCGUACAGCAAUAACACCAAAACAAAUCAUAAAAAAACUUUAUUUGAUGGAACCACUCUGUCAAACACAAAUGCCAGUUGGUGGUCAUGAUUCUUCCGAACUCUUAAUUCGACUGGAAGCACAAGAAACAAAAGUACUCGAAUCUGAACAACGUUGUCGAAAAAUUUUAAAUGAUUUACAAAAAAGUGAAGAACGACGACAAGCAUUCGAAAAUGAUGUUACAACAUUACGAAAACAAAUAACUGAACAAUCAACAAAACAUCAACGAAUAAUUAAUGAACGUGAUGCAAAAAUUAAUAUGUUAAUGGAACAAUACAAACAUAUUGAUUUAUCAAAUAAAAAAGAUGAACAAAUCAAAGCUCUACAAACAAAAUUAACUGAAUAUAGAAAUAUUGAAUUAAUUUACAAAGGUCUUGCAAGUAGUUUUAAAAGUGAAUUACAAAAAAUGGUUGGAUCUUGUCAAACAAUUCAUGAUAAAGAUCGUGUUAUGGAAGAAUUAAUACGUUAUAAUGUUAUAUUAAAAGAAGAACAUAGUAAAAUGUCUGAUGAUAAACAAGAUUUAAUAAGAAAUUUAGAUCGAAUAACUGCACAAUGUGAAAAAAUGCAAUUAGAUAAACGACAAGCAGUUAAAAAACAAGCAGCUUCAGUAGAUAAUACUAAGCAAGAAUUAGCAUCUGUUCGUCAACAACUUGAAUCUUAUCAAUCUCGUGUUAAUCAAUUAGAAUCCCUUUUACUUCGUACUGCUUCACCUGAUACACGUACUCUUGCUCGACGUGUUCUUCAUGAAAGUCCAAUGUCAGAUAGUGUUACACAAAAAGUUCGUAUUCGUUCACAAGAACCAUCAGAAUCAACAAAAGUGCCAUUAAUCGAUGAUGAAAGUUCAAAAGAUGAUGAUGAUAAUGAUUCAAAUAUGGUUGAUCUUACAAAUGUUCCUGAAUCAUCUUUCCCAUCCUAUUCUACUCAACAAUUCUCCACAACAACAUCAGCUAUUGAUAUUCUUCAUUCAAUCAUUCAAGAAACAACAUCAAGUCUUGAUUUACCAACAAUGAAAAAAAUGAAAGUUAGAAAAUUAGAUGAUGAUACAGAAGAAAAUGAUGAUUAUCUUGUUCGUCCAUUAAUUCAUAAUGAAAAAAAUUUUCAACGAACAUUUAAUAAAUUUGGUGGACAUUCAUCAAUACCAAUUACACGACGUAUAAGUAAUACAUCAUUUAAAUCGAAAUCAAAAUCAACAAAAUCAAAACCUACUUCAACAAGAAAUAAUCAUAAAAUAACAAAUUUUUUUGUUUAA